AUGAAAGCAAAGCGGGUUGCUCCCACGUUGUCAUCUACUCUUGCUAAAUACCUUAAUCCUAGAGUAGGCCCGAAGAUGGCCGCAGGUUUAUCAUUUGAAGAGGCAUGGCAAGACGUAGUAAAAGAUAUAGUGGUGGCUUCCCUCUCCAGUAAACCACUAAACAUCUUCGCCGCUGCGAUAAACCGACUUGCAGAACUAGACGACGCUGGCCGUCUGCAGAUUAUUGAUAGAUGUCUCACUGUAUGUCCGGUUCCUGAAUCGCCGCCACCAGGUAAAGCAGUCCAAAUACAAGACUUGUUAAUGGGAAUGCUUACGCCAGAGAGCGUACCGGAAUCUGAAGGAGCGACUUCGUUCGAAAUUGAUGCCGAGUUUAUGAAUAUUACAAAAGCAGUAUUUGAGCACUCGCACAAAGACUGA